CUAGUUGCUAGUCUAGACUGGGACCCUACGGCAUGGUGUAUAUCCUGGAGCAGGCGCAGGGGGGCGCUGCUGGGGCCGGACCAGCGUUGCAGCCGAGGGCGGGGACAGUGGGACAGAUCCGGCUGGCCCGAGAAUUCCUGACAGCUGCGAGCCAGAGGACUGGGGGACAGCUCGAACAGCUGCACUGGACGUCCCGCCAGGUUCUAAAAACACACAAAGAAAUCUGCAGGUCUGAUGGCCACCCCCAAUGGAAGGGAAGACUCCAGCUCCCAGGUACCAGGCCAUGGAAAGCAGGGAAGCGGAGCCUCCAUGGAGCAGCUGGAGCACCCGGAGGGGCUGGAGGCGGAGGAGCAGGUGCCAGACCACAGUGUCAUGUGGAAGAAGGCCCAGGAGUUCUUCCAGACCUGUGACUCUGAGGGCAAGGGCUUCAUCGCCAGGACAGACAUGCAGAGGCUUCAUAAGGAGCUGCCCCUAAGUCUGGAAGAGUUGGAAGAUGUCUUUGAUGCCCUGGAUGCUGACGGCAAUGGCUUUCUGACCCCAGAGGAGUUCACCACUGGAUUUAGUCACUUCUUCUUCAGCCACAGUAGCCAAAGCGAGGAGGAAGCUGGCCAGCAGGUGGCCCAGCUCCAAAAGGAGAAGGUGUAUCAGUCCAGAGGGGAUGAGGAUGUGGGAGACAUGGACCGUGAUGAGGAAGCACAGUUCCAGAUGCUGAUGGACAGAUUUGGAGCCCAGAAGGUUCUGGAAGAUGAAAGUGACAUCAGGCAACUGUGGCUUCAGCUGAGGAAGGAUGAGCCUCACUUGCUGUCCAGCUUUGAAGACCUCCUCAACACCAUCUUCGCUCAGCUCCAGGAAGCCCACGAGCAGAAGAACGAACUGGAGUGUGCACUCAGAAAGAAAAUUGCUGCUUAUGAUGAAGAAAUCCAGCAUCUAUAUGAGGAGAUGGAACAGCAAAUCAAAAGCGAAAGGGAGCAGUUCCUUCUCAAAGACACAGAGAGGUUCCAGGCCCGCAGUCGGGAGCUGGAAAGGAAGCUGAAUGCCAAGGAGCAGGAGCUGGAGCGUCUCAACCAGAAGCAGAAGAGGCUGGAAGGCCAGUGCACAGUCCUGCACAACGACAAGCAUGAAACCAAGGUGGAGAAUACCAAGCUGAGGCUCACGAACCAGGAGCUGGCCCGUGAGUUGGAGCGCACCUCCCGCGAACUCCAGGAGGCCCAGCAGCAGCUGGAAAACCUCCAGAGAGAGGCCUGUGAGCUGCAGCAGGAGAAGGAGAUGGAAGUGUACCGAGUGACAGAGAGUUUACAGCGGGAAAAGUCAGGUCUCCUGAAGCAGCUGGACUUCUUAAGGGAAAGGAACAAACACCUCCGGGACGAACGGGACAUAAGUUUUCAGAAAGAUAAGGCGGCCAAGGCAAACACAGCUGCUUCCAAGGCAAGCAAGAAGCAGAGAUCUGGCUCUGUGAUCGGCAAAUAUGUGGAUGGCAGGGACAUUCUCAGGAGCCAGUCGGUAGAAGAGGAAGAGGCAUUCGGCACCUCGAGGAGGAGAAACUCUGUGGGCCUGAGUGCGUAUCUCCUGGCAGAGGAGGAGCUGGGCACUGGGGAUCCCGGGACUGGGGUUCCCCGUUCCCGGACACUCCGCAGAAUCAUCUCCAUUGAGGAGGACCCCUUGCCUCAGCUCCUGGAAGGUGGCUUUGAGAAGCCACUGAGCCGAUGCCCAGAAGAAGAAGAGGAGGUCUCUGACCAGGGCACAGAAGGGCAAAGCGUGGCAGCCCCCGCCUUGGAACCCAUCCCCACAUCUCCCCGAGGGCAGCCUGUGGGAAAAGAAGCCCUCUACAAGGAGGAAAGCGUCCCCUCUACCCCAGACAGGCUCUUCAAGAUCGUGUUUGUGGGUGACUCCGCUGUGGGGAAGACGUCUUACCUGAGGAGGAUCUGUGAGGCCCGCUUCUCCCCAGGCAUGGCGGCCACUGUGGGCAUUGACUACCGCGUGAAGACAGUCACUGUGGACAAUGUACAGGUGGCCCUGCAGCUGUGGGACACUGCAGGGCAGGAAAGGUAUCGGUGUGUCACCCAGCAGUUCUUCAGAAAGGCUGACGGUGUGGUUGUUAUGUAUGACCUCACAGCCAAGCAAUCCUUCCUGUCCAUCCGGCAGUGGCUGAGCAGCGUGGAGGAAGCUGUGGGAGACCGAAUUCCUGUUCUGCUGCUGGGCAAUAAGCUUGACAAUGAGAAGGAGCGGGAAGUCCCAUGGGGCCUGGGAGAGCAGCUCGCCAAGGAGAACAAUUUGAUCUUCUAUGAAUGCAGUGCCUGCUCAGGUCACAACGCCAAAGAGUCUCUGCUCCACCUGGCCAGGUCCCUGAAGGAGCAAGAGGACACAGUAAGGAAGGGCGUCAUUCAGGUUGGCCCCCCUGCCAAGAAGAAAUCCUGUUGUGGCUGACAGUGGGCCCUCCUCACCAAUCUUACCCAUGCCAUGGCCAUCUUCAGCCAACAGUCCUCCAAAAGCCCAAGGUCACAUGACUACUUAAACUGCAGCUCUUAUGCAGCAACACCUAGCAAGGCCCAUCCUGCCGUGUCCUUGUUGGUUACUUGCCUCCCCCGAUGGAAGGAGGCACC